AUGUGGAAACAAGUUGCCGCGGUUGUCUCGCUCUUAGCUGCAGGGCGCCUAACUCUCGCCCAGCGAUCCGGUAACGAGUCAAUCUGCGACUAUUAUGCCACUCAGCGGUAUGGCGAGAACAAUGGUACCACCCAGCUGCUCCUCGUACAGAGCAUCGUCACUCUGGCCUACGCUGGAAGUGCUGGCCUUCCAAAUCCUCCAGACGAUAGCUCUGGCAUUUUCAACAGGGCGCGUUUCAAGGGUUUAGAUGUAUACCUUCGACCUUGCCGUCUAUUCACCCACUGGUUCACGGCGUUUGGCUUCAUCUACGGCUGCAGCUUCGCACCGAAAUUCCCACGUACGGCAGACAGCGGCGGUCCUCUCUCUGCUGCCUACGUCCACAAGUUCAUGAACCUGAACCAGACGGAUAUUGGAUACUUCAUCGAGCAACUCACAGUAGCCAGUAAAUACUUUGGCUUCUCAGACGAAGAUGCGCAGACGCUGGAUACUUUUAUGAACGCAAGGUACAACGUGCGGUGCGCUCCUCCUGUCAAUGGCCAGCUCUACUCCAUUUGCUUCGCAGAUGAGUGUCCGCUUGCACAGCCUCAGCCCGACUGCGAUGCAUACAAGGACCUUUCACCGGGGGGAACGAGCAAUGUUACAGUCGUGACAACUACAAUAGCUCCGACACUGGCAACGCAAACUUCAACGACGGCUACAACUUCCUCUACGACCACGGCGGAAAGUGCAGGUUACAACUCCAAUUCUGUCGUCCUGUCCAAUGGAGCAAUAGCGGGAAUCGCAAUCGGCGGCGCUGCCGUUUUGCUUCUAGCCCUCGGCUUGUUACUGUACUACCGCCGCCAAUCGAAAAGACCCCAGAUCGUGCCUGUGCCCGUGUCUUCUGGAGGCUAUGGCUCCCCUACCUAUCCUACUCACACACAUUACAGCACAAAUCCACAUACAAGCAUGGCAUCUACUUCAGUCCCGCAGGAGUCGUAUAUGACAGCUCAUAACAGCGUGUCGGGAUUCUGGGCACCGCCAAAGCCACAGGGGAUGGGGCAGAACGUUCAUGAGACCGUGGUGACUAGGCCGGUAUCGAUGUCACCACCGUUGGCCGAGUUGGCUGAGAUGGAAAGCCGUUGA